UUUAGAAAAUAUAAAAUAAAAUUCAUAAGCUUACAACUGGAAAACACAAAAAUACAUCAAAGUCCCAAAAAUUAUGGCCAAAUCUUUGAGAAUCGUAUCUAACUUAUUCCCUGAAUGCAAGCUUCACUUCAAAGCAGGGGCGGACUGGCCAUUUGGAAACUCGGGCACUGCCCAAGGGCCUGGGGUCAGUAGGGGGCCCCAUGAGAUGCCUCUGGUACCUUUUUUCAUAGGCUUUUUUGAGUUUGGGCAAGGACACAGGGGCCCCAUGAUCCCCUAUUGCCCGGGGGCCCCAUGAGUUGUCAGUCCACCCCUGCUUCAAAGUUC